AAGGGAGAAUGGGACCACAUGACGGGCUUCACGAAGCUCUGGCACAUCAAGAAGGGCCUGCCCCCACCCGAGGACGACGAAGUCGUCGUCGUCGAGCCUACGUACAUGCAGCGCUUCAUGCGCGUCUUCAAGAACAUGUGCUAUGGACUCGCCAUGUUGCCGAUGCGCUUGUUCCGUUGCUGCUGUCCGCCGAAGGCAGCGGAGGAUCACCGCCCCGUUCAGGGCUUCUUCGCGCAAUUCGUGCUUUGUUUCAGAAGGGCGUGCCACCAGAACUACUCGAACUUCACGUCGUUCUUCCUUGGAGUCAUAUUGUAGCUCUCCCUGCGUCGAAAAUUAAAUUCCUCCUCUUCGAACCAAGUCGCCUGCUUGAUGUUGUAGAGGUUCCACGCCGUCGACGCGAUGUCGUCUCCGUAACCGCGUCUAUUCGAACAGGCUCUAUGUGAUCAUCGGCUUCGCGUUGGGAGCGCUCAUGACAUCCGGGGACUUACCUCCGAAUGGCGAUUUUUACAGCGUCUUUAACCUUAGGGUCGCUUCUACGCUGAGGUCUUCCCCACGCAGUCCUCGGCGGCUUCAGCAUCGACAUCUGCAACCAGCAGUACCCGGAGCUCAAGGAUACGUGCCUCGACUUCCAAUCUAAUGGCUUCCUCGCAUCCAUAUCGCCCGUCGAACCCCUGUGUGGAAAUCAAAUUUCAGCCAGUCCGAGCGUCCAUUAACAAAAAGCCACAGGUCGUGUUCAUCUUCGUGGCUUUAGCAGCAGCGACGUCCGCGUCGACGUUCGGCUGCGAGACGGCCCAGUACUGGCGCGAGUGCUCUACUGGCUUGAACACCGCGGCGUACUUUUUCGCGAAGGCGGUCAAUAGCUGUGUGGGAAUCAAAAGGGACGAGCAGGUGUAGCCAAGGAGAGAAUAUCGCGUCGAUGGCGUGGGGCGCCCGAAAUUUGAUUUCCACACAGAUCGCUGAUAUUCCCAUCGCGUUCGCGUCAACGUUUGCUUUAUGGGCGCCCUUUGUCGCGUCGUAUAACACCCCGAUGAACUCCGGAGAGCUCUUUUUUGCCCUCUUAUUGCUGGUGUUGUUCGGAUACGAAAGCGGCUACCUGUGCUCGACGCAGGCUUCGACGGUUUGGCCCUACAAGAAGGUUCGCUACGGCCCGACCAAGGGCGACAUUUACCUGAAGAACGCCGUGACGCGGUACCAGCAGAGCGCCGCCUACUGGCAGACGUACUGGCAGAGUAUGGGGUAUCCCCCCGCGUCGAAAUCACAUUGCAUCUGCUCGACGGGCCGACGACGGCGUGCUCGCUCGCAGGUGGCUCUUCCUCGUGAUCUGCUGCCUGACGCUCAUCAACUGCUCGUGCUGUGUGGAAAUCAGCCAGUGUCGGGCGCACCCGACAAUUCUUCACUAAGUCAUUUCUCGGCGAUGACGCGGUCGUGCUAGCUCGGUCGAGCGGCGAGGAACCGGCAUCGCCACGCCAUCGAGCAGGCGUCGCGUCGAUGGCGUGGAGGACGACGCGAUGAUUCAGCAUGAACGCGCCGUAGAAUUUUGAUUUCCACACAGGCUUCGUCAUCACGACGACGCGGCUCGACAAGAAGGUGUAG